AUUUAUCAUUUAUAUUUAUUAGGGCUGUCAAAAUUAUCGCGUUAACGGCGUUAAUUAAUUUUUGGAAUUAAUUACGUUAAAUUUUUUAACGUAAUUAACGCAUGCGCAGAAUCCCUCCACCCAUACUUCCCAUAAUUCCUCCCGACACUGAACGGAGCAGCAACAUGGAGCAAGACGAACAGGUUGGCCCUCUGGAGGGAUUUAAGUUUAAGAAGAACAAAGAUGGAACAAUAAAUAAACAGACAGUCAUUUGUACGCACUGCAACAGAGAGUUUCAGUUUCACCGAACCUGUUCAAGCCUUAAAUACCAUCUCAACGCUAAACAUGCAUUUGUGGGGGCUUCCAGUGCUACACCUGGCUUGCGUCAGACAACCCUGAGUGAACGCAGACCAGUAAGCAAGUCCAACUCGGAUAAAUUAACUAACACAAUUGCCAAAUGGGUCGCAAAGGACUGUAGACCGAUUUGCAUUGUUGAAGAUAAGGGCUUCGCUGAUGUUUUGAAAGUGGCGUCCCUCGAUACAUCCUACAAGCCACCAUGCAGAGGCACAAUAAUGAAAAGUAUCCACGCACUCUAUGAAACAGAAAAGGGGAAAAAAGAGGCGGCUUUAGCUCAAGCGGAAUAUGUCGCCCUGACAGGAGACCACUGGACGUCAGUGAGUAACACAAAUUACUUGGGAGUAACUGCACAUUUAAUAACUAAAGCAUGGGAAUUGCAGUCCUUUGCGCUAACUAUAAUGAAAACGGAAGAACGCCACUUUGCAGAGGCAUGUGCAGAACAGUUUCAAACUGUGGCAUGCAAGUGGGAAAUUGAAAGAAAAGUUACAACCAUUGGGACUGACAGUGCACGCAAUAUGAUUGCUGCGGCUCGUAUUCUACCAUACGAGCAUAUGCCCUGUAUCGCGCACGUCAUACAGAGAAGCAUCACUGUGAGUCUCGCUGACAGCGGAUUUGUUCCUGCAUUAGCCAAGUGUCGCAAGAUUGUGGGACAUUUUAAACACAGCCCGGCAAACUUAACGGAGCUGAAUGCAGAGCAGGUGAAACUCGGACAGCAGCAGGAGCCACUGAUCCAAGACGUUCCAACGCGGUGGAAUUCCACACUUGAAAUGGUCAAACGCAUCAUCCCCAAUCAAGCAGCAAUAAAAGCAACCCUGGAUCAACAGCAGCAUAAUCUCGUCAUGCUGACGCCAGCAGAAUGGGAUAAACUCCAGAGACUGGAGACCCUUCUAGAGCCCUGCCGGUAUGUGACUCAGAUCCUGGGUGGGGAGGCCUACGUCUCCUGCUCAGUGGUACUACCUGCCCUCUGCCACUUACACCGUGUAAUGGAAACUUCUGAUGAGGACCCUGCAUACAUGAUUAGAUUUAAGACCAAAUUCAAAGACGACCUAGGCUCCCGCCAAGAACACACCAACAAUGCAUGGCUCAAGAUUGCAACCGCACUGGACCCACGUUUUAAGGACUUGAAAAGUGUGCCCAAGGCAGACAGAGAGGAGGUGUGGACCAAACUUGGAGGCCUUCUGCGUGAAUCACCUGGAAGACCUUCACACACUACUGAAGAUGGGCCACCCAAGAAGAAAAGGAACCUUCUUCUACAGCUGGGCUCAGAUUCAGAAUCAGAUGAAGAGGUACAGCCUGACAGAGCCUUACACAGGUACAGAGCAGAGCCCACCAUUGAAAUGACGGACUGUCCCUUGCAGUGGUGGUCAUCUCAUGCAGGAGCCCAUGACAAGCUGGCUCCGUUGGCUCGGAAAUAUCUAGCCACUCCUGCAUCCUCAGUUCCCUGUGAAAGACUCUUCUCACUUGCCGGUCACAUUGUGCAAAAGAAGCGGUCAGCUUUACUCUCAGAAAAUGUGGACAAAUUGGUUUGCCUCAGUAACUGGCUAAAGGAUGAAUAGAGAAGCGGGCCACAUGUAAUUGUGUAGGCCAUGUUCUUUUGGUUUGAUAAAAAAGAGAAAUCUCUUUGUUUUUCCUUUGUUGAAGAGAAAUGGCCAAGAUGGCUAGUGUGUUACAGAAGGAGACACCAUCCUAUUUUGUUUUACUAUUUCAGUUUCAUUUAAAUAAGA